UUGUACCACUCGGAUGGAGUAAAUCGCGAGAUAUCUGUCAAUCGAUACCAGCUACACAGAUCUGUUUAGUUUGGUGACAGUAUUUUAUUGUGUGUUCACUCACAGAUAUUUGGGUUAGCAAUAUGAAAAUCUUCGGGCUGUUGGUGCUUUCCUUUAGCACCGUGGGGAUCACUUUUGGAAUUCCAGCAAAUGAGAACCUUGAUUUCAAUUCUGAAUUCUUAAACUCAGAUUUCUGUUCGCCACUAAUCAUUGCCCACCGCGGAGCCAGCGGAUAUGUCCCCGAACACACCCUUGGUUCUUAUGCUCUCAGUAUAACCAUGGGAGCUGAUUACAUCGAACCUGAUCUGGUAAUGACGAAAGACGGGGUACUUGUGGCCCGACAUGACAACGAACUGAGUUUGACAACCGACGUCGCAAGUCGUAUUGAAUUCGCUACACGCAACCGGACUCAGACAGUGGACGGAUCUGCUAUCACCGGUUGGUUCACGGAAGAUUUUACACUGGCCGAAAUAAAAACGUUACGAGCUAGAGAACGCAUACCAGAUAUAAGAGCUGGCAACGCACGUAUGGAUGGCACCUUCUCGAUUCCUACGUUUCAAGAAAUCAUUAGUCUGGCGAAAGGUCUACAAAAAAGCCAAAAAAGAACGAUUGGAAUCUAUCCAGAAAUAAAACAUAGCACACAUUUUAAGAAACUAGGUCUGGCAAUGGAGGAGCCUGUUGUGAACAUACUCCAUAAAAACGGAUACCGUGACCCAUCCGCACCGGUUUAUAUUCAAUCGUUCGAAGUUACCAAUUUAAAAGAACUUAAAACAAAGACCAGGCUACGUUUGUUACAACUAUUCGAGAGUGAUAAAUCUCUACAGCCUUUCGACCAACUAGAACUGGGAACUAAUCUUACGUAUGGAGAAAUGGCUUCACAAGAAGGCUUGAAGGAAGUCGCCAAAUACGCACACGCAGCCGGUCCUGACAAAAGCUACAUAAUUCCCCGCGAUACAGACAAUCGAUUAGGUGCUAAGACUACAUUUGUAGACGAUGCACAUGAAGCAGGCCUUAAGGUCCAUCCGUAUACAUUUCGCGCCGAGAACGCAUUUCUACCAACGGAAUUCCGGAGUAAUGAAUCAGAAUCUAAUAGUGGAAAUUUCGAAGCUGAAUUAAGAGCGUAUUUGGAUGCAGGGAUCGAUGGUCUGUUCUCAGAUCAGCCGGACAGAGUGGCUCGUCUUCGAGGACCUUGUUUGAAAUAGUAAGACUUGAACUGGCACCGAAAUGAUAAUGGAAAAUAAA